CAAUAAUUGUAUAAUUCUAAUAGGGACAUUUUCUGCAUUGUGUGGAAGCUAAUAGUAGCAGACGAGUUGCACAGCAAAAAAUAUGGCUGGCGGUGUUUUGUAGUGUGGUAACCUAAUGUGUAAUAUACAUAACAGUAAUUAUUCAAAAAAUAUAAAUUAAUAUGAUGUCAUUUACUAGUUCGUUAUUUACUAAACUAUGCACCGCAACUGUGCGACGAACAGUAACAACCGCUGCUGUAAAAGAAAUUCCAGAAGUAGAUAUUGCACCUUUUCGUGUAUUGGAAUCAUACCCUCCUAAUCAUAAUGAGAGGCAUUUAGGUCGAAUUUAUACAGUGCCGGCCGAAAUUACUGAUUUAAUGAAAGCUGAACUACCAAAAGAAACAAGAAAGAGAAUUGAUAUUUUCAGAGAAUUUGGAAUAGUAGUUAGAAAACCUGCACUUGAACUGAUAUCAUAUUUGGAAAGAACAGAUUACACAAAAGCUGUAAACAGAUAUGUCUUAUAUGGUAGAGAUGGUACAGGAAAAACAACAACAUUGAUACACUUAGUUCACUAUGGUCUUGUAAAACAAUUUGUUGUUAUGCAUCUACCAUGGAUUUCUACUUGGUAUAGAUUCCCACUGGAAGUUCAAGAGUCUCCUUUAAUACCAGGCCAAUUAGAUUUGCCUCAAGAAGCAGUAUCAUGGUUAAAGUACUUUAGUACUUUAAAUAAAUUGGCAUUAUCACAAUAUGAUCUGAAGGUUUCUAAGGAUUAUGUAUGGACUCAACGAGAAAGUACAAAAGCUGGGGAACCACUUCUUAAUCUUAUACAGUUUGGAACGGAACGUAUUAAAUUUGCUUGUGGAGUUGUCAGUGCAUUACUAGAAGAACUGAAAGCAGCAAGCAUAGCAGGAAAAUGUAAAACAUUAAUUGUUAUAGAUGGUUUUAAUGCAUUUUUUACUGGUCCUACAAUGAUACGAGAUGAAAAAUAUAAAUAUGUACCACCUCAAAAGAUAUCAUUGACAGCACCAUUCUAUAAUAGUGUAAAUUAUGAUUGGUGUAAUGGUGCUGUACUUAUAUCAUUAGAUAUAAGAGCAAGUAGGGAUAAAAGAGAAUCUUUUUAUCCUAAGUAUUUACUGGGUAAAGAGGGAUUCGAGUAUUUAGAUCCUUUUCUUCCCAUACAUACAGAAAAUUAUACUUCAGACGAGUAUAAAAAUAUUUUAGAAUACUAUGAAGACAGAAAGUGGAUUCGAAAAUUUGGUCCUCAAGGGCAAAGAGAAAUAGAACUGUUAACUAACAAAAAUCCAAUGGACAUCUGGGAACGUUGUAAAUCAUUAUAGGAUUGUAUAUAAAUAAACAUUGUUACUAAGAAAUUUA